UAACAGAUUUGAAUUAACUCUUUAGGCAUACAAGAAAACAUCACUAGAAAUCAAAACAAAAAUACCUAAACCGAGAACCAACGAAAAUGAUAAAUACUCUUUAAUUAUAACCUCAAAAAAUCUCACUCAAAUUACAAAAACACAAUUACUAUGCCAAACAUGUCAAGAAGAACUUUAGAGCAAUUUAUAAAGGAUUUCAAUGAGACGGGGAGAGUUUUAAGACCCAACCCCGAUUGGGAGGAGGACUUGAGGCAGACGGUGAUCGUUACUCCUGAAAUUGAGGAGAGGGUAAGGAGUUACUCUCGGAUGAAGAAGAAGAAGGUCGCGCAGGAAUGUCACUGUCAGGAGGGCGAGACCAGGCCGGGGGUAGCGCCUCUUAUAAAAAUGAACGAUGGCAACUACAUACCCAGCUUUGGAUUGGGAACCUGGCUUGGCGUCGACAAGAAAACAGGUGAACUAAUGCCUGUGAAGGAUAACUCCGUGCAGAGGGCAGUAGAGAUGGCCAUCGACGCCGGCUACCGACACAUCGACACUGCCGCUGUUUACAAUACCGAGGAACAGGUGGGGGCUGCAAUCCAGAAUAAGAUAGCGGAGUUCGUUGUACAGAGAGAGGAUUUGUUUAUUACGAGUAAGCUGUGGAACGACCGCCACCGGCGGGAGGACGUGCUGCCGGCGCUGCAGGAGACGCUCGCCAAGCUCGGCCUGGACUACCUCGACCUGUUCCUCAUACACUUCCCAAUCUCACAAUAUAGCAACGGCACGUAUUACGAGGCGGACUUCCUGGACACUUGGAAGGGUAUGAUCGACGCGCGCGGCCGCGGCCUCGUCAAGUCCAUCGGCGUCUCCAACUUCAACCUGACGCAGAUGAAGCGACUCCUCGCCAUGAGUCCCGUUAAGCCUGCUGCUAUACAAGUCGAGGUAAACCUCAACCUCCAACAACCAGAGCUGAUAGCAUACUGCAAGACCAACGACAUCGCCGUCAUCGGGUACACGCCCUUCGGCUCCCUGUUCCACAACAAGGCGAAGAAGGACGCCCCCCCUCCCCGCACUGAUGAACAGGCGCUCCUGAGGAUCGCUGACAAGUACCACAAGACUGUCGCUCAAGUCGCACUCAGAUAUAUCAUGGAACUGGGUGUGAUCCCCAUACCUAAGUCGGUGACGAAGAAACGUAUUGAGCAGAAUAUCGAAGUAUUCGACUUCCAGUUGACUCAGGCUGAGAGGAACGUCAUGAAGGCGUACAACAACGGCUACAGGGUCAUCACUGUCGACAUGUGGAAGGACGCGCCGGACUACCCCUUUGAACAUAAGAAAUAAACUUUAAAUACAUUCUUGUAACUCGUC